GCCAAAGAAUCCACAUCAGAAAGGUCGCACUUUUUGGGAGGCAGUGCUUACUAUGGAUGCACACAGCUCAUUCUAGAAAGACACAAUCAUUCAGCUGUAACAUAUCUUCGUUGCCUACCUGACAUGCCACCCGAAGAAAGCACGAGGGCUGGGACAAUGCUAGGCUACUCAGUCCCAGACAAGAGCAGUCCACACGCCGUGGUUAGGCUAGAAUCACGAAACUUCCGGCCAUGUGCAAAAUACACUGAUUUGCACAUCAGUUUGGUUUUCACGGGAGCCUCAANCGUUCGUCCUGCAUCGGUUUUUCAAGCAACAUCUGCGCGUUAUCCGGCGCCGACAUCCUCAGGCAUCAUGAAAUCAACAUUCAAGCCU